AUGUCUUUCGCCAAUACCAUUCUGGUGACUGGAAGCAAAUCCGGCAUCGGCAAAGGAUUGCUGGCCACCUAUGCCGCCCGUCCCAACACACUAGCCAUUGCCGCUAUCCGAGAUGGGCCUGAUUCUGAAGCUGCCAAAACCCUGACUUCCUUACCUGUUGGUGCUGGCAGCAAGAUCAUUGUCGCCAAGUACGACGCCUCAUCAAAGACGGCGGCGGUUGAGCUUGCCGACUACCUCAAGUCAGUUUACAACGUUUCUGCUCUCGAUGUCGUCGUCGCCAAUGCGGGCAUUCUGAAGCACUUCGGUCCCGCCAAAGAAGCUUCCGCCGAGACUAUCAUGGAGCACUUGCAAAUCAACACUUUAGCCCCAAUUUUGCUCUACCAGGGCACCCAAGAACUAUUGAAUGCCUCUAGGCAGUCUCCGAAGUUCUUUAUCAUCUCCUCCAGUAUCGGCAGUAACAGUCUCCAAGAUCACUAUCCCUUGCCAGUGAUUGCCUACGGCAUGUCAAAGGCAGCUGUGAACUGGGCAGUAAGCCGCAUUCACCGCGAGGAGGAUCGGAUCACUGUUGUCGCCAUGCAGCCCGGUUGGGUUCAAACAGCCAUGGGCAAUACCGCCGCCGAACUCGCGGGUAUGAAGCCGGAAGAGGUUCCAGUCAAGUUGGAAGAUUCUGUCAGUGGUCUGAUAUCAGUAUUCGAUAAAGCCGACAAAGCCACGUACAGCGGAAAGUUCUGGGAUCAGAACGGCGCUCAGUGUGAUGAGAAACGGCCUGAGUGCGGCAACUGCAUCAAGAGGAAACAGCAAUGCCCUGGCUACCGGAACUCCUUCGAUGCAGUACAUAAAGACGAGACUCUCACCACCUCUCGUAAAAGCGCCCCGAAACGCCAGAAGAAGGUGCACUCUCCGACCAGCGAUUCAUCAGACAGCAGUAUCAGCGUCUCAAACCCGCCGUCGCCGAGCCAUGUCGAUCGAACUCUGGACCUCGCUCUCUUCACAAAACCAUCUCGAAAUCUAGAGAUGGAGUCAUUGUGUUACUUCUUCACCAACUAUGUCAACAUCCCCCGAGACCCCAGUACAAACAUCUUCAUCGAAUACAUCCUUCCCAUAUACUUGAACACGGCCCCCAGCUCGGCGUUGGCUGAAGCUAUCAAUGCCUCCGCUAUCAAUAUCACUUCCAUGUGGAUGAACCGCUACGUUGACUCGUACCGUGCCCGAGAGGCAUACGCAAAGGCCGUGACCAGCUUGAAACUUUUGCUGCAAGAUCCCAUUGAAGCCAAGGCAGAUGAGACGCUCGCCACUGUGUUCAUGCUGGACUUUUACGACUCCCUCAAUCGGCGCUUUGUACACUUUGUCGACACCGGCACCCAUCAACAAGGUGCGGUGGCUUUGCUCAAGCAUAGAGGGAGAGACAGUUUCAAUACCCCGCUCUCUCAGCGGCUUUUUAAUGCCAUGAGAAGUCGUCACAUCAAUUAUUCAUUACAAUUCGGCAAAAGGGUGGAACUGGAUCCCGAACUCCUCACAGACGAAACUGCAGUCCUCCCUUCCGCGAAGCUCGACCUCUUGAACGUGGAGCUGGCGGACUUGCUGGUGUUGGCUCGUGACGGUCCUGAAGCUGCUGGCCUCAGCUUAGCCGACUUCUACCGGGUUAUCUUGGACAGGGCCCUUAGCCUCGAGAAGAGACUGCAAGCAUGGGUGGACGCCCUCCCCAAGUCAUGGCAACCAGUAUCUAUCCCGGCCUCCGAACUGCAUCAUUCCAUACGUGACGCUGGAGUCUACGAAGGCAUGUGCGAUGUAUAUUCCUCACUCGCAGUCUCUCAUGUCAACAACGCUGCUCGGAGUUCUCAGAUUGGUGCAAUUCGGUUGAUUACAAGAUGCUCGAGAGGCCUUAACGAACUUGGCAUUGCCGUCGACCCCCAAAUCGAGCCUUAUGUUGACCUGCGAGUUCAAGAGGUUGUCGACCGGUUCUGCGCCUCGGUGCCGUUCCAUCUGGGCAACAGAACAAGACCGGCAUUCCCCGAUGAACACAGAGAGUACCCUCACGUGCCUGCUGAGCUCCGGCGCCUGGCGAGUUAUGUCGACCCGUUCGGGAACGAGGUCGAGAUGACUAUGGAAGACCAUGUACGCGCUGCGGCGGCGAUCGGUGGUUGGUUCAUCAUGGUACCUCUGGCCGGAUUCCUCAGGGCCCGUGCGAUGGCACAGGCUAAUUCGAAACCAGGGCCACUGGUUGGAAAGCUCAGGAAGGGCCAAGUUGCCUGGGUGCGCGGUCAGAUGGAACGAAUCCAGAAGAUUUAUUUGUUUCCAACCAACGGUAGCCCCACAGAACAUGAUUGGAAAUGCAUCCUGAAGCAGUUCUGCGACUCUCAUGGUGAUGGCCAUAAUUUAUUUCAACCGUUAGCUUUCAACCAAAGAAUCUGGACAGCUUGA